CUGCUGAGCGCUCUUGCUGGAGAGAGUCAGUGCAGAGGGAGCUGCUGCUGGAGGAGUUUCUGUGUCUGCUGUGUGAGGUCUGCCCGUCCCUAGUGAUGGGGAGAGCAAUCUUGGGAGUUCCUGGAUAACUGUUUUAUUCUGAUGUGAGCAAUGUCCUCAUCUCCUGACGCUGCCCUUUCGCUUCCCACCUGGAUUACUGCCUAGCCUUCAUAUAAGACUUAUUUUUCCAUUGCUUUGCUGUGGCUGCAAACAUGUUAAGGAGAGUCCUACUGAGCGUGUUCAUGGUGAUAGUGAUGGGCAGAGGGACCUCUCUGCAGUACUCCAGCGACAUGUGCAAUUGGAAAGGAAGUGGGUUGUCUCAUGAGGCUCACAAGAAGGACGUUGAACAGGUUUAUCUCCGAUGUUCAGAAGGUUCAGUGGAAUGGCUAUACCCCACAGGAGCUUUAAUAGUCAACCUGCGGCCCAACACCUUGACCUCUGCCAACAAGCACUUGACUGUUUGUGUAAAGCCUUUCAAAGACUCCAAAGGAGCCAAUAUUUAUUUAGAAAAAACUGGAGAACUUAAGCUUUUAUUGCGGGAUGGGGAUGAAAUCCCUCACAAGGUCUACUGCUUUAGCCUGGACCAAGGAGGCUUGUUUAUUGAGGCUACACCACAACUGGACAUUAGCCGUAAAAUCACUGGUUUCCAGUAUGAGCUUAUAAGCCAGAGGACGCUCUCGGAUUUACACACCGUUUCUGAUCCCUGUCGGCCGUGCAGUGACACUGAAGUCCUCCUAGCUGUGUGCAUUAGUGAUUUUGUUGUCAAAGGUUCCAUCACAGAAGUAAAAAAUGACAUUGAGGAACAGGAAUCCAUUAUAAAUAUUUCAGUCGCUAGACUUUACAGACAGAAAAGCAAGGUAUUUCUACCCAGCAAAGGUGGCCAGGGCUGGGAGGGACAUGUUGGGACGCCUUUAGAAUGUGGCGUGAAAGCCGGAUUGGGGGACUUCUUGUUCACUGGACGCAUGCACUUUGGGGAGCCCCGAUUGGGUUGUGCACCCCGAUACAGAGACUUCCAAAGGAUAUAUCUAGAAGCAAAAAAUAAAGGAUUAAACCCUUGUGAAAUGAAUACGGACUGAAUGAUAUCGCUGCCUUGUUUGGAUUACUCAUAACUUUCAGAUGUUGGGACUGUUCACUUUAAGUACAGCAGAUACUCUGAAGGGAUUACUAGUGAUUAUCAAGACUGUAGAAAGGAAUGAGAGCUGCCCCCCCAGCCAGCAAAUGCUGUUACACUAAUGUGUUGGAGGUACGAGCCACAAACGCUACUGCACAAGACUCUCAUUUUUAAGUCUUAUUUUGCAAACCUUAAGUUAUUAUUUUUUUUAUUUUUAAGUAAAGACUUUUGCAAGUCUUAAGGAGAACAAACUGCCUUUUUAUUACUAAUGUCUGAAGACUUUUUGAAAUGUGUAGCAAUUCAAUGUGGCAUAUUCUGUAGAAAAUGGUGCGGAUGUGGACAAUGUGUUUUUAACAUGCUUUGUAAAAAGCUUGGUGUAAAUUUUUUUUCAAGAAUGUUUCUUAUGAAAGAAAUGACUGAGGAUAAUGUUUUUGUUUUUUUUUUGUUUUUUUUAAGUAUAUUUUUUAAUGUACAAUUGCAGUCUGCCAUUUUACUCAGACUUGUAAGUUGUGAAAUAAAUUACCCUUAAAUUUG